GAGCAGCUUUGUUGCACGGAGGACCGGGGGGCACCGGGGCAUCGGGAGGUGCCACGACCCCACCGGCUGCGGGGGUGGGAACGGACUCUGCCCCCUAUGCUGCACAUCACCACGGCCCCCCCAGAGCCGUGUGGGACCCCCAAGUCUCACCCUUAUGGGACUCUGACGUUGUCCCCCUGCACCGUGGGAGCUGCACCCGUCCUGCCCAGCCCUGGCACUGAGCCCCGUAGUGCCGCUGUGGGGCUGGUUCAGGUCGGCUGCACCCCUCCUCCCCCCCCAGGUUGGGUUAAUCAGUCACCCCAUGGCUGUGGGGAAGGUGACUCCCAGCACUGUCCCGUGCCCUUUCCGCCCCAUUGCACGGGCACCACCGCAGCACCUCAGGGUGUGUUAAUAUUCAACCCGGGGGGGGCAGCUCAGCUGUGCCCCUCUGAGGGAUGGGAGCACCAUCAGUGACCCCCCCCCAGCCUGCAGCCCCUCUGCUCCUUCCAAACCCCACUCGGGCCACGUGUCCAUCCGUCCUCCCGCAUCCCGAGUAGGGCUGGAACGUUUGUAAGGUCCUGCAGAACAUUGGGGUCCUGCAGAACGGUGGAUCUGGGGGUCACACUGUUGUUUAUCCCCCCCCCAGCGCUGCAAGGAGCGGGUGAACUCUUUGGCCAUCGCUGUGAUGAACAUGUGGCCGGGGGUGAGGCUGCGGGUGACAGAGGGGUGGGACGAGGACGGCCACCACCUCCCCGACUCGCUGCACUACGAGGGCCGGGCGCUGGACAUCACCACGUCGGAUCGGGAUCGCCACAAAUACGGGAUGCUGGCACGGCUGGCUGUCGAGGCCGGCUUCGAUUGGGUCUACUAUGAGUCCAAAGCUCACAUCCACGUCUCCGUCAGAGCAGAUAACUCCUUGGCCAUCCGCACCGGCGGCUGCUUCCCCGGCCACGCCAUGGUGACGCUGCGGAGCGGUGAGAGCCGGGGUUUGGCUGAGCUUCGGCGGGGUGACUGGGUGCUGGGAGCCGAGCCGGGCGGGCGCCUGGUGCCCACCCAAGUGCUGCUCUUCCUACACCGCGACCUCGGCCAACGCGCGUCCUUCGUGGCCAUCGAGACGGUUUCUCCAUCCCAACGGCUGCUGCUCACCCCGUCACACCUCGUUUUCGCCUCACGAGGGGUCACCAACGGCUCCGCCACCUUCCUGCCCGUCUUCGCCCGUCGGCUGCGCCCGGGGGACGCCGUGUUGGCCCACGGGGACGAAGGGUUGCGUCCUGCAAAGGUGCUGAGGGUGUCGAGGGAGGAAGGGAUCGGGGUGUUCGCCCCGCUCACCUCCCACGGGACCCUCUUGGUGAACGGGGUGCUGGCAUCCUGCUACGCUGUCCUGGAGAGCCACCGCUGGGCUCACCGCGCCUUCGCUCCGCUGCGGCUCUUCCACGGGCUCCUCUCGCUGCUGCCGGCCCGCCCCGAGCCGGGGAAUGGGACGGUGCCCGAGGUGGGCGUGCAUUGGUACUCGCGGCUGCUGUACCGCCUGGCACGCGGCGUGCUGGGCCGUGAGGGUGCGGGGGGGGGGGUUGGACGCCCCCUCCUGGGGACUCGCCGCUGGGAGUUCGGUGCUUGGAGCCUGGAGGGUGAGCAGGGGGUGUGGGGCACCUCCAGGCCUGUGCUGGGGGUGGGUGUCCCCUGGGUGGGCAUCUCUCAGAUUGGUGCCUCUCACUGGGUGUCCUCUGGGUGGGGAGCCCCUCAGGUGUGGAUCCUCACCAGGUGUGUCUCCCCC